GCACUGUUUCGCAACAGUACACGCUCGCAUCUCGCGUAUCGCGCACGCAUUUUUCAUAUUUAAAUAUCGCAAAAAAUCACUACACGAUUUAAACUGAAAUACUGCGGACAAAUCUUGCUAUAUACUUACUUGAGAUCCAUUGACGCUGCAAGCUCACAAGUGGGAGAUGGGUCUCGGCAUUGAGAGAUUCUUCCUCUUGUCAUAUUGCAUCGCGUGCUGUUGGCAAGGUCUGCACGCACAGAACCAAUUCAGAGUCGUCAGACAAUGGGCUGAGUUGGACUUCGUUUACCCCAGCGAGGAGGCAAAACAAAGAGCGGCUCGCGAGAACUAUUACGUCCGAGGCAACUCGGUACCUAUUGAUGUUGAAGUUCAUCAUAGAAAAGGAUCCCAAAAGUCUCGCAUUUUCGUAUCAAUACCGCGGUUCGACGCGGGCCGGCCGGUGACAUUCGGCGUUGUUGAAGAUGAUGGUCGCAUUCGAGGCUACCCUGACUACUCCUGGCACGACAACCAGGGAUACAACUGUGACGGCAUGACCUCUGUCUUCAGAGUUGCAAUUGACGAAUGCGACCGUCUUUGGGUAAUGGAUACGGGUAAAAUAGGAGAAGUGCAGAGAUGUCCGCCGCAGGUCCUCGCAUUCAACUUGAACACUGACGAGCUGAUCUACAGACAUAAAGUCGCCAACACCAGCUACACAACCGAAUCACUAUUCAUUACACCGGUGGUGGACGUGAGGAAGAAGGGCAACAGUUGUGCGGAUACGUUUGUUUACGUAGCGGACGUAUCUGGCUUCGGCUUUUUAGUUCUGGACGUAGUCAACGAUCGUACUUGGCGAGUCAAACACCGCCUUACUUAUCCCUUCCCCUCAAGAGGGACAUUCACCAUACAGAAUGAGUCUUUCGAACUGAUGGACGGUGUGCUGGGCAUGGCUCUGUCGCCUCUACGACCGGACGGCGAGCGCUACUUGUACUUCCACGCGUUAGCCUCCACCACAGAGAACGUGGUCAGCACCAGCCUGCUCAGGAACGACACCUUCAUUAAGAACAUUAACGCACCCGCAAACUCUAUGAAUCCUUUCCCAGAGGAGCGACCAAAUCAGGCAGCAGCUGAGGCAAUGGAUCGCAACGGUAUCCUCUACUUCGGUCUGAUGGACCCUCCCAGCGUCUGGUGUUGGAACUCUGCUACCGAAUUCUCCACACGAAACUUCCAUCCAGUGGCGAUUAACAAGGAAACCCUGCAGUUCGCUAGCGGCGUCAAGGUCGUCAAUAACCUAAAAGGGCAGCAGGAACUCUGGGUGAUGACGUGCCGGUUCCAGAAAGUAAUGACAGAAACGCUCAACACUAACGAGGUGAAUUUCAGAAUUAACGCCGAGAAGAUCCCGAACUUACUAAAGAACUCCCCUUGUGCGAUACCCCCAAAGGAUCAAGGCCAUGGUUACCAUGCGAAUAUCAUAACGCCAAAGGAGGAGAGUUAUAUUACUUACAGAUAUGGUGCAUAUCUCUAGAAGUGCGCGCGAUGAUGGAAAAUUUGCUCAACACCUUUACUUACUACAACUAUUGGUUUUAAUCUACUUACUAAUCGAACACAGGAACGUGAGGUCUGAGUCCAAUGACGUCACAACAUUACAGUAUACAAAACUUUGAACGUGUCGGUGACUGCACACGUGCAGAAAAUAGCAAGUAAUUAGUAGAUUUAAUAUGUAUAGUAAAUAAAUUAUUUUAAUUAGUUAUGUCCAUUA